UGUCGUGGCGUUUGCUGGCGUACCCAAACUUCCCACAGUCAUAACAUAAUCGAUACUAGUUUCUAUUUUAUUUGGUCUGAAUUUGUUUUCUUACAGAUUACAUACACCACCGUACAGUGUUACCUUCAGCGGGUCAAGAUGAGGCGUUCCGGUUUGGGUGAAGGAGGCUCUGGGAACUAUGUAGCAAGUGGAUACAGUGUGUAUGAAGAGGAAAACGAACACCUACAGGAGGGACUGCGAGCUAAAGUCAGCGCUUUGAAAAGUCUGUCUAUCGAUAUUGGAACGGAGGUGAAAUACCAGAAUAAAAUGCUGGAUGAAAUGGACACAGACUUUGACUCAACAGGCGGACUGCUUGGUGCCACCAUCGGCAGAGUUAAGCAGUUGUCCAGAGGCAGCCAGACCAAACUGUUGUGCUACAUGCUGCUCUUUUGCCUUUUUGUUUUCUUUGUCCUGUACUGGUUCAUCAAGCUGAGGUGAUAGAAGGACCUUGCCACACUUGAUCCUUAAACUCCACAUCUUCCUCUCCUCUUCCUCAUCUGUGCCACACCGAUGCAACUCAAAACUAGACCAACAUAGUGAUGAUGAGGAAAGACAGGGAUUCUCACUUUUACAGAUGCCCAUGUGUCUGUAUUUCAUAGAAUGACCCCAGAUUUGAGUCGUGAAAGGUCUCUUACCGAAGCUGAUUGAUGGAGGCCCAAAAAGUAAAAAGGGGUCUGAGAUGAUUAAUGUCAGUGUGAAGUAGGAAGUAUGUAAAUCUGAAGUAGACACUGCCACUAUAUUGUAUGUACUUGAUAUCAGGCCGAUUGAGAAGAUGAGACAGAAUAUUAAAUACGAAACAAUGUACAAGAUAAUACUGUGUCAUAAAACCUUAAUGCAGUAGUGGUCACAUUGUAUGAUAGAACAGUGAUGAAAUGGCAAGUCUGUAGAUGCAGCCAAAGUUUAAAGUGUUAUAAGUGAUUAAGUUAUAGAAUGAUACCUGCAACAAAUAAUCAAGCAUAUUUGCUUUAAAGAAUGAAAGCAUAUACUAGAGCAUUUGGCAUCCACAUUAAAUGAACAGUCGUGUUUAUCAUUUAUUGUUUUAACUUUGUUGUAAAAAAUGUUUCUUAAUGUAAAUAAACAAAUUUUAUGCUCUUCA